CAGCUCAAAACUUGCUUUCGUGUACAUGGUACGAUUCAUAAAGGAACUACAUAUACUUAGUUCAUGAUUCCACUGAACUGUCAUCGAUAAUGAAUGGGAAGUAAGCUCUUUGCCAGCAUUUAUGUUAUGAACAGUUCACAAUAAUAUUAAAUAUGCCAUUUUCACCAAAGAAACAUUUUGCAGGAGUAUCACAUAAUGUACCAUUUGGGGUAAGAAAUGAUAUGGAAAGAGAAAGGUUGCUUUCUAUGCCAAUGACGGCCAAAAACCACUUGGGAAAAUUGGCAGACAACCUGAAGGAUAUGAGAGAAAAAGAGAUCCUCUGUGACUACUACCUAAAGGCUGGGGGAACGAGUCUUCCUGUCCACAAGGUUGUGAUGGCUGCUUCCAGUGACUACUUCCUCACGAUGUUGACUACUAACAUGCGUGAGAGCCGCGAGUCUGAGGUCAACCUCAAGGGAGUGACAGCAUGUGCUUUGACAGUCAUUGUGGAGUUUGCAUAUACAGGAAUUUUAAAACUCAACAUGGAGAAUGUGGAGGAAGUUCUGGCUGGAGCUACACACUUACAAGUUAAUGAUGCUGUGAAGCUCUGUAGUCGCUACAUAGAGACAUCCAUUACCCCUAAAAACUGUGUAGAUGUUCUCAAUCUAGCUGAGCUGUUCAGUUUGGAGACAACAACCAGGAUAGCUAAGAAAUUCAUCCUGGAAAAUUUUGAGAAUGUUGCCCAGUCAGAACAAUAUCAGUUGUUGACUCAGAUGCAGCUAAGUGAGAUGCUACAGGCCAAUUCCCUAAAAGUGAUCUCUGAGUACAAGCUGUUUGAACUAGUUUUACGUUGGGUAAAUCACAAUCCUGACACACGUGAAGCUUUUGUACCAGAUCUUAUGAAAUAUGUACGUUUACCUCUCCUAUCAGGAGAGGAGCUUGUUGACAAGGUCAGUCGUGUGGAGAUUAUGAAGAAAAACAAAAGUUGUUUAGAUUUACUGACUGAAGCUAAAGAUUACCACAUCCUCAUAGGAAAACAGCCACUGAAUCAAACAGCUAGGACACAAGUGAGAUCAGAUGCUAAAAGUCUAGUGAUGUGUUAUGGACAAUGUCUGGAAGGCUAUCCUAUUAAUGACAGUCACCGCUUGACAAGAGUUCUACUCAAAGACCCCAUAGCUCCCCUCUACAACCCUUGUGUUACUGUCAUUGACAAUUUCUUGUACGCAUGUGGUGGUAAGUACGACAACCAGGCCAGUAAUGAGAUUGCUACUGCUCGGUGUUUCAGAUAUGAUCCAAGAUUUGAUUCAUGGUAUGAACUUUCCUCAAUGAUAGAACCAAGACGCGACUUUGCCAUGGUAGGUCUGGAGGGUAGCAUCUAUGCUAUAGGAGGACAAGAUGAAAACAAGAUGAUGAGCACGGUGGAAUGUUACAGUAUUGCCCAGAAUGAGUGGGACCGUAAAUGUUCGCUUCACGAACAGGUUUACGGUCAUGCAGCAGCAGUGUGUGAGGGAAAGAUAUAUGUGUCAGGAGGCCAAAUCUUUUCUGUUACCAGUAAAAAAUUGCAUGUAUAUAAUGUGGUAGACGAUGCUUGGGAGGAGCGUACCAACAUGUUGUAUCCACGUAUACAUCAUGUUAUGGAAGAAGUUCGGGGUCAGCUCUACUGUAUCGGGGGCAGUGGACAUGGUGGCCUCAUCUUUCCCACCAUCACGCCGACUGUGGAGAGUUACAACCCACAGACGAAUCAAUGGACGCUGUGUAAGCCUCAUACAAGUAUUGUGGACUCAGGUUCAUGCGUUGUGAAUGACAAGGUGUACAUGGUGGGUGGAGCGUUCAUUGAUGGUAUCACUAUAUACAAUCCUGCGUCAGAUGACCUUACUCUCUCUCAUGCCACGAUUCUUUCGGGUAAGGCCUGUGGAAUCUUGGUGCACCCGCACUAUGUCUGAUGAUAUAUCAGACAUUGGGUUAUAAAAUCUUUUAAGGUUAAUGUUUUGCUGUCAUAUAACUGGAUUUACUUUUAUCAUUGAUACCCCAGUGAGUCAAUUUAUGAUUUUGAAUGCUUUAUUUACUAAUUGUGAUGCCAGUUGUCAUGGUUUUUAUCAAUUGUUGAUAUAAAAACAGCAGAACGGUUCAGAACAUGUGUAUAAUUGUAAACAACAUGUUAUUUAAGGGUUGUUAUGUAGCUAUGGUACAGCCAUAAUUUGUAGUAAAUCCUAGUCAACACCAUGUUUUAAAUUUGAUGGAGAAAGUUGAAUACAGUUAAUAGGAUUUAUAAUGAAAUGUUUAUUGAUAAGAAAUUAUUCAAAGAUUUGAACACAUUCAGGGUGUAAAAGAUAUAACAGAGAUAAACAAUCACUUUACUACUUUAGUAAGACACCACUAACGAGCAGAUAUUCUGUCAGGAAAGCUUAGAUCUAACAUUUCAUGAGCUAUUUACUAGUCAGUUUUGUACCUACAUCUAGAUCUUAACAUUGUUAUGUAAAUGUUUGAUACAUAUCUAUCCAAGAGAAUCCUAAGUCAGCAAUAUAAUACAGUACAGGAAGGAUUGAAAUUACCAUAUUUAUUGUGUAGAAUGUAAAUCGUUGCCAAUAUUUGUCAGUGUGUCAUGAUUAACCACUGCUUUGUUCAUGCAUAUUACCAGAAACUUUGUCAGUGUAAUGAAUGUCUAAUGGAACUUUACAGUCAAAUUGAGGGGUCUCUAGGUGAACAUUGUAAUCGGAUAAAUAUUGGACAGAUUGUAGGGGGAUACUUUGAGGAUAGAUGUAGUGGUCACAUGAUGAAAAGACUAUAGUAGGACACUGGACAGAUUUAGGGAGUCAGAUGAUGGACUGACAAAAAGUGGAUACUUUGUGGACAGAUGUCAGAUGUAGGGGUCACAUGAUAGACAGGUUAGAGUGGGACAUUGGACAAAUUUAGGGAGUCAGAUGAUGGACAGACAAAAAGUGGAUACUUUGUGGACAGAUGUCAGAUGUAGGGGUCACAUGAUAGACUGGUUAGAGUGGGACAUUGGACAGAUUUAGGGAGUCAGAUGAUGGACAGACAAAAAGUGGAUACUUUGUGGACAGAUGUCAGAUGUAGGGGUCACAUGAUAGACUGGUUAGAGUGGGACAUUGGACAAAUUUAGGGAGUCAAAUGAUGGACAGACAAUAGGUGGAUACUUGGUGGACACAUGUCAGAUGUAGGUAAUCACAUGAUAGACUGGUUAGAGUGGGACGUUGGACAGAUUUAGGGAGGCAAAUGAUGGACAGACAAUAGGUGGAUACUUUGUGGACAGAUGUCAGAUGUAGGGAAUCACAUGAUAGACAGGCUGGCUAGAUUGGGACAAUGGACAGAUUUAGGGAGUCAAAUGAUGAACAGACAAUAGGUAGAUACUUUGUCAGAUGUCAGAUGUAAGGAGUUGCAUGAUGAACAAGUUACAUUGCCAGAACACUGACAUUCAUCCGUGAGACAAUACCUGGACAUGGAAGGAGUCAUGGAGACGAAAAACUUGUCAACCGUGGGACACUGGACUCAUGCAGGGAGUCACAUGAUGGGUAACACUUAGUGGACAGCUGUAAGAGGUCACAUGAGAGACAAACUGUAGGGUAACACUUAGUGGACAGCUGUAAGAGGUCACAUGAUGGACAAACUGUAGGGUAACACUUAGUGGACAGCUGUAAGAGGUCACAUGAGAGACAAACUGUAGGGUAACACUUAGUGGACAGCUGUAAGAGGUCACAUGAGAGACAAACUGUAGGGUAACACUUUGUGGACAGCUGUAAGAGGUCACAUGAGAGACAAACUGUAGGGUAACACUUAGUGGACAGCUGUAAGAGGUCACAUGAGAGACAAACUGUAGGGUAACACUUAGUGGACAGCUGUAAGAGGUCACAUGAUGGACAAACUGUAGGGUAACACUUAGUGGACAGCUGUAAGAGGUCACAUGAGAGACAAACUGUAGGGUAACACUUAGUGGACAGCUGUAAGAGGUCACAUGAGAGACAAACUGUAGGGUAACACUUUGUGGACAGCUGUAAGAGGUCACAUGAUGGACAAACUGUAGGGUAACACUUAGUGGACAGCUGUAAGAGGUCACAUGAUGGACAAACUGUAGGGUAACACUUAGUGGACAGCUGUAAGAGGUCACAUGAUGGACAAACUGUAGGGUAACACUUAGUGGACAGCUGUAAGAGGUCACAUGAGAGACAAACUGUAGGGUAACACUUUGUGGACAGCUGUAAGAGGUCACAUGAGAGACAAACUGUAGGGUAACACUUAGUGGACAGCUGUAAGAGGUCACAUGAGAGACAAACUGUAGGGUAACACUUAGUGGACAGCUGUAAGAGGUCACAUGAUGGACAAACU